CUACGCCCUUCAAGCUCUGGGUGAGUGGCAAGAGUAUAUUUCCGGGGUGACUCCGAGACACCCACCCUCUGGGCGGAAGUGACUUGGGCUGUGAGCCCUUGGCAUAAUGGAGCAGCAGCAGCAGCAACUGAGAAACUUGCGGGACUUCCUGUUGGUCUACAAUCGGAUGACAGAGCUGUGCUUCCAGCGCUGUGUGCCCAGCCUGCACCACCGAGCUCUGGAUGCUGAGGAGGAGGCCUGCCUGCACAGCUGUGCCGGGAAACUCAUCCAUUCUAACCACCGCCUCAUGGCCGCUUAUGUGCACCUCAUGCCCGCCCUGGUCCAGCGCCGCAUCGCGGACUACGAGGCUGCCACAGCCGCACCCGGUGCUCCUGGAGAACAGAGCAGAGACGCGUCACCAGGCAGCUAGCCGUCCCUGGCCCCAGAAGCGAAGCUGUCAAUCAAAAAGAAUUUCUGUGGAUCUAGGGGAAGAAGGUAAUAUCAAACAACCAAAGCAGGAAGAAAACUACCCCCUUGACUUUAGCCACUGCUUCCUAGGGGAUCAGUGACUGCAGAACAAAGACAAGCCCCUAAGAAUUCAGGAAUGUUGACCAUUUCCCCAAUUUACUUUCUUAGUAUUUCCUGCCUUUGUGAAAUUAGCAAUAAAGACGUUAAACAAAGAAGGGCUUUCUUGUCUUCAGAGUCAGUCAGGAAGACAGCUUUAGUCAAACCUCAAGAAGAGAACCUGAGGGAGAGGGAGCUGGCUUUAGGGAGGGAUGGUUAGAUGCAGUCUGUGAUCCCCUCUUAGUGCAUCACUGCUUGUCUAGUGUCCUGGUUCAGCUCUCUACCCUGCCCUUACGGUGUUCUCACUCAAACUACCCCAAUGCCAGCUUCUCCCCCACCCCCUCUGUGGGAUUCACGUGUGUAUUCAGGCAGCUUUCCUGGCAGCUGCCAUUCCCAUGACUUCAUUCCUCGAGUGGGGAUGGGGAAGGAAGGAGGAUGUGGCUUGUCCCACCAUGUGGGGCUUCAAGGAUAUCAGCCUGCAGGGCAAGCACCAGCAUGGGGCCUGCAUUUAUUACUGUUUUACAGGAGAUUAAACUCAAGCACUUGUGCUUGU